GUGUCACUGCUGUGAUGCUUACCACUGAAAACGAGCUCAAAUGCAGAAGAAGGCAACAUGAGAACUGACAAGCGUAUGUUUAGCGUAACAUUUUAGAUACCGUCCUCACUAGCAAACAGCACUUGCAAAAUUCAAGCUUCAACAAAGACUGCACAACUCGAGACAUGUCUAUGUCAUGCUGACUUUGGAAGCUCAGGCCUGCGGGCUCACAGCAUGAAGCCACACUACAAUCUACGCAAAAUCGUUGGCCCCAGGAUAGCUGUCGGGGUUGCCAUAGGAGGAGCAUUUAUUUUGGCAGCUUUGUUACUGUAUCCUUGGAGAAUUGCCAGAUAUGAAACAGCGUUUGUUGUACGUCUCCUAGACCAGUCCCCAAGGGUAGUUGUGCAUUCUUCGAGCCCAGUCGCUGAGCCCCGCGACGAGACCUGCACGCACUUCACGUGUUUCGAUGUUUACAAAUGUGGCCACACGGGACCGCGCGUUACUGUGUACGUCUACCCCAUCUUUAGGUAUGUCGAUGAGCAUGGAAACGUUCUGGCCCAGCAGCCUUCAAGGGAGUUUAUGGAACUUCUUGAUGACAUUCAACAGUCUGAGUUUUACAUAUCUGAUCCGACAAAGGCCUGUUUAUUCAUUCCAUCGCUUGAUCUUCUCAACGAAGGCACCAUAAAUCCAAAAGGAAUCUCACAGAUCCUCAAUUCACUUCCUUAUUGGAACAAUGGAACCAAUCACAUCCUCUUCAACAUGCUACCCGGUACUGCUCCAGAUUACGUUGAAAUGCUAGGAGUCAAUACAGGACGGGCAAUGGUCAUGGGAGGAGGGUUUAGCACAUGGACGUAUCGGCGAGGCUAUGACAUCAGUAUCCCAGUGUUCAAUCCUGCACGAUACUCCAUGAAAAGACCUCUUCCAAAACGCAAACGGCCAUGGUUGGUAGCGGCUUUCCAACCACACAUUCACUUUGAGUUCCGUUCCGAGAUAGCUACCCUUGCCAACGAGCAUGCAGGGGUGAUCCAGCUUGGUCUGUGCAACCAUGCGUGGGACCCCAACAAUGCAACUGUACGAUGCCUUGGCGAGAAGGUAUUCAAGUACCCAAAUGUGUUAAAGGAAGCCAGCUUCUGCUUCGUCGUAAGAGCGGCUCGUCUGGGGCAGUCUGCACUUUCUGAUGCACUGAUGGCCAACUGUAUUCCAGUCAUUGUUGCCGAUAGUUACGUGCUACCAUUCUCCGAGGUUCUUGACUGGAAGAGAGCUGCACUUCAGAUCAGAGAGGAUGACGUGCAUGACACCGUGAAAAUUCUCAAGGGUGUAUCGCAAUUACGGAUAGCCGAGAUGAGAGACCAGUGUAUGCUCCUCUGGGAACGUUACUUCAGCAGCAUGGCUCGCAUUGGCAGGACUGUAUUGAACAUUCUGAACGAUAGGAUAUUUCCUCAUGUCUCGAAGACUUACGAAGACUGGAAUGAUCAUCCACCUGGACUGAUUCCCCCUUCUCCAUUCCUGUUCCCAACCAUAUCUCCUCAUGGUCAAGGCUUCACAGCUGUUGUGCUCACUUACGAUCGGGUGAACAGCCUUUUCAAGGUCAUCCAGCAGCUGGCUCAGGUUCCGAGCCUGGUAAAAAUUGUUGUAGUGUGGAACAACCAAAAGAAAAGGCCACCUACUGCAUCAGCGUGGCCCAAGUUGAACAAGCCUCUAAAAGUUAUUCAAACACAGGCCAACAAGCUCAGUAACCGUUUCUACCCAUAUAAGGACAUUGAAACAGAGGCUGUGUUGGCAAUAGAUGAUGACAUUCUGAUGCUUACAUCAGAUGAACUGGAGUUUGGUUUCGAGGUAUGGAGAGAAUUUCCAGAUCGGAUUGUUGGCUUCCCAUCACGUGUUCAUCUGUGGGACAACUCAACAGAUCAAUGGAAGUACGAGUCCGAAUGGACAAAUGAUGUGUCCAUGGUGCUAACAGGAGCUGCCUUUUAUCACAAGCAUUACAGCUAUGAGUACUUCGAGCAACUUCCUUUGGCUGUUCGGCGUUGGGUGGACAACCACAUGAAUUGCGAAGACAUUGCCAUGAAUUUCCUCGUGGCUAACAUCAGCGGCAAAGCACCAAUCAAAGUAGCACCACGUAAAAAGUUCAAGUGUCCCGAAUGUGCGCGGUUAGAUAAUCUUUCUAACGAUCUGCAACACCUAGCUGCCAGAUCAGAGUGUGUGAAUAUCUUCACUGAAGCAUUUGGUACAAUGCCUCUGCAAACAGUGGAAUUCAGGGCAGACCCUGUCCUGUUCAAGGACAACUUUCCUGAGAAGCUCAAGCGUUUUCCAAAUUUAGGCAGCCUCUAGGAAAGUAGUCCCAAUUUACUUCACGUGAUGUGCCAUUCCGUAAGUGGUAGCUCUAAGCUUGCGCCUUGAUAGGUGGAUCAUCUUUCACACAACCAGCAUCACGUUCUCUUUGGAUAUAAUUAGAGCCCGACUUUUUAGGGUUAUAUCCGAUUACGCCCGAUUUUACCCUUCGAUUCAAAUCAGCAAAAACAGAACCAGGGGGAUCCGAAGUCAUCACAACUAACACAGAACUUUGGGAACUGUGUUGUAUAUGCAUAGAUAUGCUCAUACACACUGUCAAAACAGAGACCCUGCUGCAUCUUAGAUGCAUGGACUAAAUAUUGUUACUCUGUCAUGUGUAUUAUGCCGAGUAAACCAAAGAUUUACAUCCGAUUCAAUCCGAUUCAACAGAAAUUGGGUUGAAUCGGGUACAGUUCAACCCGAUUACAUCUGAAUUACUGAAGCAAAGUAUAACCCGAUAUUUACCCACCGAUGUUGCUAAAAAAUAUUUUUUAAAAUUGUGUAUAAUGCUGUGAAGUUCUGAGCAAGUGCAUAUCUGGCUUUUAAAGCUGUGGUCUGUACCCAAACCAAGUUUUAAAAAUGCUGUUGCCCGAUUUUUUUUAUGAUUUUCUGAGCCACUGUGCAAAAUAUUUAAAGGAAAUUUGCCGACGAUUAUCUACAAUCGAAUUUUAUAGCCAACGUUUUUGUUGCCGUUACGACACUGUUUUUAGCUACCGGUCCACCGGAAAGCUUGCCGAUUGUGUCACAAAUCAGUGCUCAGUCGUCUUUAUCUCUUCUGCACUGGCCUUGUGACGUCUGUAAAGAGGUAGUAGCUCGUAUGUGUGUCACCAUAAAAACAAAAUGGGAUGUGCGCAUGCCGUUUGUCGUUAUCUCAAAAACUGCAAUGCUCCGCUGGAUGAAAUUUUUGCAUGUGGUGUCCACACACAGCUAAUCUCAAAAUCGGUCAACAACUCCAGACUGUCAAUCUCUAAGUUUCAACAACUUGACUCGUGACAUGACAAUUCGGAAAGGGGUUGUUUAGGAACUUAGAGCUGAAUAGGAAAAAAUUCACAAGCAUCCUACAACACAUUGUAUUAUUCUUGAUACUAUAAUUAAGCCAUAAAAAGUUGUAGCAAGACACCACCCAUGUGUGGUGCCUUGUAAAAACUCUCUUAAAAACCUCUAUGCUUUCAGCCUUUACUUUGUGAGCACUAAUGCCGUCAUCCUUUUAAAAUGGCAUAGUGAAGUGCAUGUGUGUACUUGUUUAAAAUUCUGGAAUACCUGAAGCUGGGGAAGGUUCUUUUGGCUUCUGCUACUUAAAUGCACUUUGGAUUUGCCUAAAUCCUGCUUAAUUUUAUAUUAUUAAAUUUGUCCUAAUAUGUACAAGGAGUGCUGUGUGCCAUGCAUAGAUGCAACAUGACAUUCCCAUUUGAAACUUUUGUGACCAAAGAAUAUUCUUUUUAAACUAAACUCCAAGACAAACAAGUAGAGUUAUAGGACACCUUUGUGGCAUGAUGCAAGCUAUAACUGCAUUAUCGUCUAUCAUCGUAAAUUACUUUGUAUCAUAUCAGAAGAAUGCAAAGAAAAAAAAUGAAGGAAACCUCUAAGAAGCUCUAUAGCACACUCAUGCAGUCAUGUAUAGGCUACAUGGGUGAUGAUAACUAAUGUUGUGCUUGUAAGGCUAGAUGCAGCCGUACCAAAGUGAACCAUAUGACUAGACUGGAGAAAGGUGCUUCUCCACUGCCAGACUUGUGUGAGAACUAUGCUCUGCUUGCACCGCAUUCAUAUGUAGUCUGGAACUGCCCACUUCUACCAAUUUUGUGAGAGCAGCUAUAUCAAAAAUGUGUCUAUGGUACUGUAGACAUUCUUUUUCGGAUGCCAAUAUCACUUUAGUCAACAGGCUGCUGCGAUUGUACGUGAAUAACAAAAUGAAGCAGAUCCCUGCACUUCAGACAGGUGUGCCGUGGCUGUGAGCACGAAGUCAUGCAAGCCUGCUUACAUAUCAUUCGAGGUGACUUACCAGUUAAAUGGUAAAGUGAUGAAUCUCAACGCUAGUUUAAUUUAUGAACCACCCGGAGAACAAUAGAGCUGUGUAGUACUAGAGUAGGCAAGAAUAGAAUGGUGGUUCGUAAAAGUGUUAGACAGUGAUGGCUUGUAUUUUGCUUGUUACAAACAUGUGGGCAAUGUUGCUUCAGUUCACACUAGGAGAUGUGAUUGUUACCUUCUGUAAAUAUAAGCCAGCAUAAGGGAAUCAUCGACUAUGUACCGCUCAGAAGAGUGCGUGAAGCAGUGAAUGUCUUCUGCAUAGGUCCAGUCUUCACUGUACUUUUACCUUACACAAAAAUGUAUCAGUAAAGUUUAUCAGUAGUGAAGUAAAAAGUAUCAGUAAAGGCGAGUUUCCAUAAUGAUCCGCUGAAAUUAAUUCCAAAGUAACAACCUAAAGAUAUCCAUCGUGCAUACAUAUCCUGUGAGACUGACCUAGGUUGUGUGCCAUGCCGAGUAAGACAUUCCACCAUAGUGCUGCUAAACGCUUUUAGUAUCAGGAUUAUGCUUUGAUGUGUGCAAUACUAUUAUGUAUAUAUUUUAUACUGUACAUAUGCUCGAUGCAUCUGGAUGGGUACCCCGCUCUUCUGAUGCAUUGUUUGUGCUAUGUGGUUACUUAAAAGAAUAAAUAUUAUUGUUUGUAUAA